AGCGUUUUGUUUCUUUGUGAGUAGGAAGAGAGGGGUGAUGAUGAUAUGUUCUUCUUCUUCUUCCUUUCUCCUUUCUUCUGGCCCCCUUAUAUUUCCCCCUUCCUCUUGUGGGUUCCAAGCUGCUUUCAAUGCAAUUCCCCUUCUUCCUCUCUCUCUCUCUCUCUAUCUCCUCCUUCUCUCUUCUUCUUCUUCUGAAGAACCAGUAUCAUGAUCUAGCUUAGCUUAGCUAGUACCAGUAGUACUGUUGCUGCAAACAAAAAACAAAUAAAGCUGCUCAAUUGAGAAAAGGCUGCUUCCAUCAAAGCAAGCAAAGCAAAGAAACCCCUUUCUUUCCCCCUUUUCCCUCUCUUCCUUCUUUCCACAACAAAAGCUGCAGCUCAUCGACCGAAAGGAAGCAAGCAAGCAAGAGGAAGCACCACCAAGCAACAAGAAAAGAAAGCAAAGAAGAUCAUCAUCCAUCAGCAGCACAAGCAAAACCCAAAUCGAAACCCCGAUCUCCUUUCUCUCUCUUGGUUUCCAAUUCCAUGAUUACUCUCGAAGAAGGAGAAGAAGAAGCCCACACCACCACAGUAACUCUACCAUCAUCAUCAUCACCACCACCAUCAAAGAAGCAAAAAAAUUAAAAGAGAUUGGAAUCGCUUUUUCCAACCAGCUAGCCAUACCCAAGUAGUAGUAAUUAGUACUGUUCCAUACAAAAAUCACCAUGUUCCCCAACUUAUCAUCCUCCCCUCCCUCCUCCUUAGAAACCGAAACCGCCGCCGCCUCCCCCAGCAACAAGCGGAAGCGCCGCCCCGCCGGCACUCCAGAUCCAGAUGCGGAGGUGGUGUCGCUGUCGCCGCGGACGCUGAUGGAGUCGGACAGGUACGUGUGCGAGAUCUGCAACCAAGGUUUCCAGCGGGACCAGAACCUGCAGAUGCACCGCAGGCGCCACAAGGUCCCCUGGAAGCUGCUCAAGAGAGAAACCCCCGUGGUGAAGAAGCGUGUGUUCGUCUGCCCGGAGCCCAGCUGCCUGCACCACGACCCCUGCCACGCCCUCGGCGACCUCGUCGGGAUCAAGAAGCACUUUCGCAGGAAGCACAGCAACACCAAGCAGUGGGUCUGCGACAAGUGCUCCAAGGGCUACGCCGUCCAGUCCGACUACAAGGCCCACCUCAAGACCUGCGGCACCCGCGGCCACUCCUGCGACUGCGGCCGCGUCUUCUCCAGGGUGGAGAGUUUCAUAGAGCACCAAGACGCUUGCAGCAUGGGCCGGCAGCAACAUUCCCCACCCGACCUGCACCAACACCAACACCAUCAACAGCAGCAACACCAGACUGCAUGUCUGUCUCGAACCGCGUCGAGUCCGAGCCCGUCCAACGAGACCGCGCCGUGGCCCAUGAUCGCCCCGACGCGUCCAUCACAGCAGCAACAACAACAACUAGCACUGGAACAACAACUUACCCCUCCUCCUCCACCACCGGCACCACCAGGUCAUCAACAUCACCACCGCGGACGGGGGCUGAUGUUGUUGAGCAGUACUACUACUACUAGUACUGCUACAACAACAACUACAACAAUUGGUGCCCCGACAACUCCAACUUCUCACUCCUUCCACAACCUCGACCUCCAGCUGUCCUCCCCCUCGUCCUCCGCCCCCGCCGCUGCUGCAACCACGCAGCUGCAGCUGUCGGUAGGGUCGUCUUCCUGUCCGGCGGGGAGGAGGGAGGUAAAGGAGGAGAUCAUGAGGGCGGCGAUGGCGGAGAAGGCAUACGCGGAGGAGGUGAGGAAGGAGGCGAAGCGGCAGAUCCAGCUGGCGGAAGAGGAGUUCGCCAAUGCCAAGCGGAUACGGCAGCGGGCACAGGCCGAGCUGGACAAGGCCGAGGCGCUCAAGGAGCACGCCGUGAAGCAGAUGAGCUCCGCCGUCCUCCACCUCACCUGCGCCACUUGUAGGAACAAGUUUGCGGCCGCGGUGGCGCCGCCGGAUGAGAACUCGUUGGUGGUGAGUUACGUGUCGUCGGGGGUCACGGACCACGGUGAGGUCGAGAAAGGGAGGUCGGAGGGGUGAUCAUACAUAAUUUGGUGAUUAUAUUAUGAUGAUUAAAUUAACAUCGUUUUUAAUAAUGAGUGGACCAGUGGAUUAAUUUCUAUAGAUUCUCUGGUUUCAUUAUAGAUGAUAAUAUUUGGGAGGCUUUUGAUCAGUUAACAUGUUAGAUUCUUUGUUUCUUUGUUGGGGAGCAUUGGGUUUGCUGGUUUUAUUAUGUGAUUAGUUAUCUUUUGGGGGUGGGGAGUGAGAUUAUGAGAGUUUAUUUUUGUUGUAAUUUUAUUUUUUACUGUGUAUGUGUGGUGAUAUUUAUUUGUUCAUUUAGUUAUGGUGUUGGUGGGUGAUGGAAAUUCUUGAAAUUUGAUCAAAAAUAAAAUAAAAAAUAAGAAAAAGAGCAAUUAUUAAGGUUGUUUUGUAACAACUGUGUUCCUGUGAU